AGCCGAGUAAGGAACGGAGGCUCCGCACGGCUAGGGUCGCCGAACCUCGAGGCUGAGGCGGGAACUCGGCAAGGGAAGAGGAAGUCAGCUCGGGGACAGCCACGAUGUCCUUCCCCCACUUCGGACACCCGUACAGUGGCGCUUCCCAGUUUCUCGUGUCUGCAAGUUCCAGCGCCACUUGCUGCGAAUCCGCUCCGCGCUCGGUGUCAGAGGUGGCCUCAGGCUCCACCCCGGCACCCGCUCUCUGCUGCGCACCCUAUGACAAUCCGCUGCUGGGCAGCGCGCGGCCGGAGCUAGGCGCUGCCUUGGGUAUCUACGGAACCCCCUACGCGGCUGCUGCAGCUGCGCAGAGCUACCCUGGCUACCUGCCCUACGGCCCGGAGCCGCCCGCGCUCUAUGGGGCGCUGAAUGCACAGUAUGAAUUUAAGGAGGCUGCAGGGAGUUUCACACCAGGCCUGGCACAAACAGGAGCCUAUUAUCCCUACGAGCAGACACUAGGGCAGUACCAGUACGACCGCUAUGGCACCGUGGAACUGAGCAGCGCCGGGCGCAGGAAGAACGCCACGCGGGAGACCACCAGCACGCUCAAGGCCUGGCUCAACGAGCACCGCAAGAACCCCUACCCCACCAAGGGCGAGAAGAUCAUGCUGGCCAUCAUCACCAAGAUGACCCUCACCCAGGUGUCCACCUGGUUCGCCAAUGCGCGCCGGCGCCUCAAGAAGGAGAACAAGAUGACAUGGGCACCCAAGAACAAAGGAGGGGAGGACAGGAAGGCGGAGGGUGGAGCAGAUGACUCUCUGGGCUGCCUCAAAGGGGACAGCAAAGACGUUACUGCUAGCCAGGAGGCCCAGGAACUCCGGCUGAGUGACCUGGAAGACCUGGAGGAAGAAGAGGAGGAGGAAGCGGAAGAAGAGGAGGCAGUGGCUGCAGCUGCCGACAGGCUGCCGGGGUUCCGUACGGACUCACAGUUGCUGCCUGCACCGUACGCCGCGCCUCCGGACGAGCGGUUGGAGCGCAGGCAGUGCGGUUUGGUGGCGCCCCGCUUCUCCUUCAGCGAGCCCCCUGGGCCUGGAGAAGUUCACUUCCUCACAGCGGAGCCGGGGGGCCCCACGCUGACCACGCACUACCCCCGCGGCGAGAAACCGCGUAUCUGGUCUCUGGCUUACACUGCGGCCGCCGGCGCUGUGGAAGGCUCACCUCCAAUCGGACCCAGGCCGCGAAGCCCUGAGUGCCACCUGAUCCCGGGACAGCCUCCUCGCUCCUCCAGGCCACCCGCGGUUCCCAGAGACGCCAUAGGCGAGGAGUCAUCCCGCGUAGCCAAAGCUUUUGGAAACCCGAGGUUUGCCCUGCAGGGGUUGCCGCUGAACUGUGCGCCCUGCCCGCGGCGGAGGGAGCCUGCAGUGCAGUGCCCGUACCCAUCGGGCGCAGAAGCAGGUUAGCGCACCAGCUGCGAUUUGCGGAAGCAUCUUGGAAAUGAGCCCCACUUUUCAAAUUCACCUCCACGCUAAGAAGCUGCCAGGCCUUGCCGGGGACUAGGAGCUCUCACUUGGCCUAAGAGACCUUCGGAGACCCUCCGAGACGCCGUCCCUGCCCACAGAGCCGGGGGACCUUGUUAGAUCCCGCGCGCGGGCGAAGCGUCUGGGUGCCUCCGGGAAGGCCACGGCGGACGCCGGGCGAGGGCGCCCGGAGCGCCGACAUCCUCAAGUCAACCUCCUCCUCGGGAUUCCGAGCCUGCAGCCUGCUGCUCACCCCUGGCCCUCACCCCCACCCCUCACUUUGUAAGGACCACCGCGUCUUCUCCCCCUGCACCCCUUGUGUCCUUAAAAGUGAUCAAUCCGAA